UGAAAAAUUCCAACACACAGCUCGUCGCUUGGUGAAAUUUCUUUUCUUUAAUUUCUUAAUUUUCUACCUUGAUCUUCUCCUUGAUGAUUUGGAAUUAAUUCUAAACCCCUUACUUGUUUACUUGUGGUAAAAUUCAACCUACAUUGGCGUUAAAAUGGAAAAUUACUGCACUUCAUUCAUCAAGUUCGUGGUUUUGUUGUUGUUURUUCAACUUUACUUUUUCCCUUCAAUCGACGCGCUGAAAAACGGCUUUACAAUCAAGGUGGGAGCAGGACAGAAAGAAUGCUUUUAUGAGGACAUUAAAAUUAGUAAUAUGACGUUGGAUAUAGAAUUUCAGGUUAUAGAAGGUGGUGAACUAGAUAUCGAUUUCUACGCCAAGCUACCAAGUGGGAAAACAGUAAUAGAGGAUAUUAGAAAACAAGAUGAAUCCCAYUCUCUCUCUACAACGGAACAAGGGACAUAUGAAUUCUGUUUUGAUAAUACCUUUAGCUCUCUUUCCUCAAAGACUAUCUUUGCAGACCUUGGUAUGGAUGCUCUCACUGAACUAAAUGAGGAAUCACCCACUCAGACGUUGACUAAGGAUGAAUUGGAAGAUGGUUUGGAAGAGGAAUCGUUAGCYGGAACUCUCGAAAGGAUACGAGGGAACUUAGAACGUGUAUCACACUUGCAGAACUUUAUCAGGUCAGCAGAAGCUCGGGAUUAUAAGUUAAUCAAGAGCAAUUCAAGUCGGGUUUUUUGGUGGUCACUUAUUCAAUCUUUUGCUCUUAUUGGAGUUGCUCUUGUCCAAGUAAACAUUGUAAAGCAUUUCUUUGGAGGAGGGAAAUUCAAAGCCAGAGUUUAGAGGKAUUUUGUUUAAAUUAAAAACUGUUUUUGCUAAAGUGCAGAUAUGUGACAGAAACUAUAGGAUAUACAAGUUACUGUUUUUCACCCCUCUCCCCCACAGGGAGAAAUAUCCCUGCAGGGGGAGGGGUGAAAUAUAACUAGUAAUGCAGAAAUCUAGCAGUUUUGUUAUUUGUGUUGACUCCUUGGGAUUCCUGUGUUGUAGGGUGGGGCAUGAGCAGCCCAACACAGGCAGCCCAACCUUUUAUGGAGUAAGAGCAUUUAUGUUAAGAUUUCAUGUUGAUGGAGAGCCUCAAGUGAGAACAUUUCCUUGUUUGUUUACCUAAUUGAUCUUAAAAUGCUAAAAAACGUGUUGCAAUUAUGAAAAUUAACUUUUUUAUAAAUAAUAAUAAGAUAUUGUAUAGUAAUAUUGAAUUUCUCAUCUUUUYCCAAUUUGUAAAGUUGAUUUUAUAUCAAAAUAUAAUAAUUGAAAGUUUA